AUUUAAUAAUAAAUGGACUAGCAUGAAGUUCCGUAAGCCAAACCAAACACGUUAUAAAAGAAUAACACUAUCCAUCAUCCCCCCACGGAAUAAUCUGCGCAACAAAUGGCGACAGCGAGAUUCUUUCACCUGAAAGCGGCGAUCAGCCUGCGCGGAUGGACAUCGUCGCCUCAGCCGCCGGCACUUCUCCACAUCCGGAACGGAGCCCUUCGAACGUUUUCCUCCGCCAUGUCUCCGCCGUCGAAGGCCAUCGUCUACCACGAGCAGGGCCCUCCCGACUCCGUGUGCAAAGUGAAAGAACUGCCGCCGGUGCCAAUUAAAGACGGAGACGUUUGUGUCAGGAUGCUUGCUGCUCCAAUUAAUCCAUCUGACAUUAAUCGAAUAGAAGGAGUAUAUCCGGUGAGGCCACCAGUUCCUGCUAUUGGUGGAUAUGAAGGGGUGGGAGAGGUACAUUCUGUAGGCUCUGCAGUUAAGGGGCUUAGUCUGGGUGAUUGGGUCAUCCCAUCUCCACCAUCUUCAGAUGAGAACACUCCUUUGAAGCAAUCAUUGGCUGCUGCUUUAGUUUCUUUCCUUCUUAGUAGAGUUCUAAGUUCAGAGGUUGAAUUCAUCCUCUUCUGCUCAGGUACAUGGCAGACAUAUCUUGUCAAAGAGCAGAGUGUCUGGCAUAAAAUUGAUAAAAGCACACCAAUAGAAUAUGCUGCCACUAUAACUGUAAAUCCUUUGACUGCCCUGAGAAUGCUGGAGGACUUUGUUGAUCUAAAAUCAGGUGAUACUGUUGUUCAGAAUGGUGCCACAAGCAUUGUUGGGCAGUGUAUCAUUCAGCUUGCCCGGCUUCGGGGCGUUCACUCUAUUAACAUUAUCAGGGACAGGGAAGGAUCUGACGAAGCAAAACAAAAGCUCAAGAAACUCGGUGCAGACGAGGUGUUCACUGAGAAACAACUGGAAGUAAAAAAUGUCAAAAGUCUAUUGGCUGAUAUACCAGAACCCAUAUUAGGAUUUAACUGUGUUGGUGGAAAUGCUGCUUCAUUGAUUCUUAAAUUCCUGAAACAUGGUGGAACUAUGGUUACAUAUGGUGGAAUGUCAAAGAAACCUAUAACUGUGUCCACUUCAUCUUUCAUAUUCAAGGACUUAUCCUUGAGAGGAUUCUGGUUACAAAAAUGGAUGGGUUCUGAGAAAGCAAAAGAGUGCCGGGAUAUGAUAGAUUACCUUUUAAGUCUGAGUCGUGAUGGUCAACUGAAAUAUGACAUGGAGCUUUGCCCUUUUGAUGAGUUUCCCACUGCAUUGGACAAGGCUUUGGGAAAGCUGGGAAGCCAACCUAAACAGGUGAUUAAGUUCUAGUUUCCUGCUGCAGUGAUGAGUAUCUCCUGAGGUACAUGGUCUGUAGUUUCUCAGUGCUUUGAACCACGCAAUUGGGCAACACUUGAAAUUUCAGCCGACUAUGAUGCAAAGUUAAGUGGCUUUGUUGGUAGCAUGUUGUAACCGUGUUAAGAAGUUUUUUAAUUAAACUAGCUUGCAUAUGAAUUGGUUUGCCACCUUGCCGUCUCAUUAUGUUGAUAGAUGGGUCUCAAACUUGAUUCCUAUUUUCUAAUGUUGUUAUCGUUGGCUCCACGUUGUCUCUCUAUUACAAAAUUAGUUACAAUCAAACAUGGCCAUUGGAUUGGGCCAAACCAGGUCAAUGACUGUAGUAGGUUCGAAUCUGUUGAACAGCGAAACUGUGUCGAUUCCAUAUUGGAACAGAUUGAAACCCAAACCGGUUUUCCUAUCAUCUAUAUAUAUAUAUAUAUAUA